GUAACAUAUACUAUUAAUAAACAAAAGGCACGUGCAAUAAAAUGUACACUUAUCUUUUACGUAUGCCAUUUUUUACAGUUAAAGUUUAUAUUUAAGUUUUUCUUCUUUCUAUGUCUAAUUAGUAGCUGUUUUAUUUAGUAAUAUAUAAAACCUUUUUUUAUUAUACGCUCUAAAAAUAAAUGGAAUUUUUCUACUAAUACGUAUGAUAGUAGCGUAAUACAUAAUUUGAAAUAUAUAAGCCCGAAUCACGCAAAUAGAACAAGAUAAAAGAAAAUAGAUUAUGAUUUUCAUCAAUUAUAAAAUUUAAAUGUAAUGUAAAAAACAUUUAAUAACGUAUUUAUUUAUAAUAAUAAAGCUCACAAAUAUUUUGCUAACUCACAGUACGUUUGUAUAAAACCAGACCUUUCGGUUUAACUUGUCCAGAAAUUAGAAAGAGAUAAAAAGCAAGAUGAAUUUUCGAAAUUCUAUCAUCCUAAACAGCACGAUGGACCCAGCUGUAUGAUUGGUAACAUUCAACGCCAGCAGAUACCGCUGUGCGCGCGUCAUUCUCGAGACUCUCGCUUGGGGCGCUCGCCUGCCGAGACUGCCGACCUCUCGUGGCUCUCUCGUCUACGUUCCAGCGUUCCACGCGCCGAGGGCGAUCACGCUUUUGUUUGUCAGCGAGGGAGUAAGGUGCUGUUAACCGCUGGUGCGUUUCGGAGCACUGUCGUUGUGGCUGCUGCGUCGCGUUGCGUGCCGUGACCGUUACGCGGUAAACAAAAGCACGUAUACCUGGCAUACGCCGCGUAACCGGAGGAUUUUAUGUACGGCGCGAACAUGCGCGAGCGCGAGGAGUACUCGAGGUGUUUCCUACCGGGGCAACCGGCGGGCCAGGUCCCGCUGCCACCGCCGCCGUUGCCACCGCCGCCGUCGCCACGGGCUCCGGGUUUAGACGCCCUGCACAGCCUCUGCAAGCAGAUCUACCCGAACCAGAGCAACCCGCUGACGGUCACGGCGAUCGUGAAAUAUUGGUUAGGAGGACCCGAUCCCCUCGACUACAUCAGUAUGUACGCCAAUUCGGGAUACCCCGAGCUCGGAGUGCCCCCGCACUGGCACUACAUCAGUUUAGGAUUAAGCGAUUUACAUGGCGACGGCCGACUGCAUCCCAAGCCCGGUCCAGGCCGUCCCAGCGGAUUCGGAUUCGAGUUGACCUUCCGUCUCGCUCGUGAAAGGGACGAGACAACGCCGCCCACGUGGCCGGCAAACGUGAUGCAGCAAUUGGCCAAAUAUGUUUUCAAUUCCGGGAACACGUUGAUGCCGGGCGACCACGUUUCCUGGCACGCUCCGCUGGACGGCGGAAACGGUUGUAUCACUCAGAUCUUGAUGGGACAGGAUCCGCAGCUUCCGACGUCGAUCUCGACGCCUCACGGUGACGUCUCGUUCGUUCAAAUCGUCGGCGUUACUUCCGAGGAACUGCAGGCGGCUCAACACUGGAAUGGUCUGGGUGUGGUGAACUUGCUGAGAAGCGCCAGGGGCUGCGGCCCAUGGCUGGUCACGGACAUGAAAAGAAUGCAUUCCGCUAUGGAGGACGAUCCCACUAUAGCGGAGAAGAUACAGUGUGGCAUCGAGAGAGACGGGUCGAAUACUAGCGGCGUGUCAGCCAAAUGUUGGUGGGUGCAAAUAACAAACGACAGGAGCGCGGAGAGAUACAGGGAGAAAAGGAACGAUUCCGAUGAUGAGGAGGAUGUGAAGCCGAUCGUGAAAACGGAGAGGCUGUCGCCGUGCGAGCAGCAGGACGCUAACGUCUCUGACGAAAAUAGUAUUAGAACCCUGUCCGGACUACACUUAACGUUCAACCUUGAAGCUGGCUCGCUAUUGCCGCUGGCGAUAAAAGGCCGCGUGAUGCAUGGAAGGCAUUUCACGUUCAAAUCCAUACUGUCCCAUUCGGCCGUAACGAUAGUCGCGCCAUCGGUCACAGGUACCUUUGUGACCAAAGAUAAGCCGUAUGUCGUUCAAGGGCCAUGGCUGCAGGUACUCCUUUCGGAAGAGCUGUCUGAGAAGAUGGCUGAGGAAUUCCAAGUUCUAAACACCCCAGAUAAGAUUCAAUUGCCAAAGACGUUUUCUUGGCCGGAACAUAAUUUAGUUAUCACCAUCAUUAAUGAUUAAAACUAUUCAACGCGUGAACCGUUGAUCCAACUCUCGCGAGCCACGAAGAUCAUUCUCCAUACCGUUUCAUAUAGUAUAUUUAAGUUAACGAUAGGACAACGAAAGUAUUAUCGAGCCUCGAUUCUUUUUAUUUAUAACUACGUUUUCCAUGACUCUUUAGCGUAAAGUUUUAUAAUUUAUAAAUGUUAUUUUACGCAUUAGAGAUUUAAGAGAUUUGAAUCGUUCAUCAAUGUGCGAAAGCAGAGAUUUGCGCACGUUCUUAAAUGCGAUUUUAAAAAUACCAGCAAUGUAUUUUUCUAUAUAUAAACGUCUCUCUUUUACAAAUUGAUGCCUGAUUACAUAUACGUGAAAAAUUUCUGCAACACUUACCAAGUUUAAAUUGAUAAUAUUGUUAUUACAAUAUAUAAAAAUGGCAUAAUAUAAUAAAGUGUCGCAAAUUUUUUACGUAUAUGUUACUAUGUACAUAAAUAUGAUAAAUUAUAUGCUAUUUUACGACGAAAUUUGAUAUGCGCCUUACACAUUGUUAUAGAUAAUAAACGUUUAUGUAAAUACCUUAUAAAGAUAUUUGUACUUUACAAAGGAAA